UUUUUUUUUCUUGAACCAUAUAUCUCUUUUUUUUUUUAUUUAUUUAUUUGUCCCUCUUAUUUUACGUGAUACCCUUUCUUCUCGUUUACAAUUAAGCGAGAUGCCUUUCAGCAAUAUCUCAUUGUCGUCAACAUAUACGACCACAAUGAAACUUACUGGUGAUGGUAGACGUCCUUUCGCAAAGGAUAUUUUUGAUCUGUUUUCGGCAUUAGUGAUUCAAUUACAACUAGGUGACCAUCGCUCCUUUUUUCGAAACUAUCCAUCCACAUUCACUACAGACGAAGCAGCACAAUGUCUAAAAGCACUCAAGUUUUCGCAUGUCAUACGUACCCCCGAUCCAGCAACAAAUGGUAUUCGAUCGACUAGAACAACGACUACUUUUUAUAUGGAACGCGAUAUUGCCAAGGCAUUAUUACAACAAUUCCUCAAUACUCGACUUAUCACAGUAGCCACUGAUUCAAAUGCACGUAUGGUGAAAGAUAAAAGUAUAUGGGCUUUGACAAGCAAAGGAAAACGAAUGAUUAUGGAUUUUAGUGAACGAGCAUACGUUUCCAUUGAACAUAUGGCGACUCAUUUAUCAAAUAUCAAUACUGUUUCAAUCUUGGUUUUGGAUCGUAUCAAGGAAACUGAUCAAUUGGCUUUUGAACGUGAAAACAUCACUUUAUGUUUCAAGACCAUGAUGACAAAAUUACCUCUGGAAAAUAUAUUGGCGGAUGAUGUGGGCGGACUUCAUCAUCAUUAUCUUGAAGAAUACACACAUACUUUUUAUGGAAAACAAUGCUUCGAAUGGAUUAUUCAAUAUACCACAGUGGUGAAUCGGGAAGAAGCGGAUAUGGUGGCUGGUGAACUUGUACUUUAUGGUUGGAUUGCUCACAUUCUUGACAAAUCUGAUCUUGGUAGCAAUUCAUUCGACGAUUCGGUACUGUUUCGAACUUCCCGUAAUGCUUUGUAUCACAUUACUGAACGUGGACGCUUUGUUCUAGGCUGGGCCGACUCACAAGCUUCCACCAAAAGUGUCACAUCAACAUCAUCAUCUCAAAAUGAUGUUUCAACAAACAACAACAACAAUAAUAAUAAAUCUUUACGUACCUAUCCAUCACUCAUUUCUCCAACAGAUUACGAACGGCCUGCUAGUAUAUCUAAUAGUGAAACGGAUGUUUUGACUUGUGGUGAUGAUGCAGCUCAAUUUGUACGAUUACGCCAAAUCUUGGAAGAUCCUUUGUUACGUAUGUACUUUCGAAUCUAUUUGAAGGACAACUUUUGUGAUGAAAACAUUAACUUUUGGGUGGAUUAUUUUGCCAUGCGAAAAAAGAAGAAAACUCAACAUACAAAGAAUGGGAUGAAGGAUAUGAUAUCUGACUGUUAUGCCAUUUACGAUACAUAUAUCAAGGAAAAGUCGAUACAGGAAGUCAACAUUGAUCAUACUUUACGACAAAAUAUUGAUACUCUGGUCAAAUCAACAUUUUCAAUUGUAUCUGAUCCUCGUCAUCAACACAAUCAACUAUCAUCCACUUUGCCCUCUUCUGCUCCACCUUUUGCUUCACCAGCGAUUACACCUCAUUCUACACCGGCCACUUCCAUCAGUGUCAAUGCACCACUUGCUCAAUGUCUUCAUGAAUUAAUGCUUCUCUAUGAUAAAGUCAACGAUCAUCUAUGUCGCAUGAUGGCUCAAGAUUCUGUCCCUCGGUUCCUUCGUACAUCAAAGUAUCAAAAACUAUUAAAUGCACAUCUUCCUCCUCUUCCUCCACAAACAUCAGCACAACAAGAUGCAGAAAAAAAGACUUCUUUAGUCACCAAUGAAAAGGAUACCAACCGAUUAGACUCUGUUACACAAAUCACUGCGGGUACCAAGAAUUUGACAUGCUAGGAAAUACUAUGCUCACCCAACCUCCUUUUUUAUUAUUAUUUUUUUUUCUUAUUAUUACUGUUUCAUUACCAAUGAUUCUAUAUUUAUAUCUUAUGUUUUUUUUACCACUUAUUCCCCAUUCCUUUUAGUAUAGUAUUUUGAUAUUGUAUGAUUUUUUUUUCUGUUUUGUAUACAUAUGAUUUGAUUACUUUUUGUACAAAGUUUCCUCUCUUUUGAACAUAAUAAAAACCACACCCUGUUUUUACCUUC